GGAUAAGAAAGAGGAAAUUUGUUGGAGAAGCGCAAUCCAAGUUGAAAGCGAAGAAGAUUAGGAAGGGAGAUGGAAGAGAAGGAGGAAGCAUGCAUGCAAAAAUAGAAAAAGGGAGAAAGGAAAUAUGAAGAGAGAAAAAAGGGGUGAAGGCCUCGGACCACAGCCUUUAUCACACAUGCAUGCAUUAGCGAGGCCAUAGUCGACGUCCUUCCGAAAGAAACCCAAGAGAGGAAGAAAGAAAGAAAAAAGGUUCUUGCUUGACCCUUCUCUUGGCCAUGGCUUUUCCGAUCCUCUUCCUCCUCUUCCUCUCCCUCCCCUUCUUCCAACUCUCCUCCGCAAAGCUCAACACCGACUACUACAAAACAACCUGCCCCGACUUCCAAAACAUCGUCUUGGAAAACGUCUUCACCAAGCAGACCACAAGCCCCGCCACCGCCCCCGGCCUCCUCCGCCUCUUCUUCCACGACUGCAUCACCGACGGCUGCGACGCCUCCAUCCUCAUCACCUCCAACGCCUACACCCCCCACGCCGAGCGCGACGCCGACCUCAACCUCUCCCUCUCCGGCGACGCCUUCGACGUCAUCGUCAAGAUCAAAAACGCCCUCGAGCUCUCCUGCCCCGGCAUCGUCUCCUGCUCCGACAUCGUCGCCCAGGCCACCCGCGACCUCGUCAAGAUGGUCGGCGGUCCCUUCUACCCCGUCAAGCUCGGCCGCAAAGACAGCACCGAAUCCGACGCCGCCAAGGUCGACGCUAGCCUUCCCACUCCCUACAUGAGCAUGGACCAAAUCAUGGACAAGUUCACCUCCAAGGGGUUCUCCAUCAAGGACAUGGUUUCCCUCACCGGCGCUCACACCAUCGGCUUCACUCACUGCAAGGAGUUCAUCCACCGUAUCUACAACUUCAGCUCCAGCUCCGAUUCUGACCCCUCCAUGCACCCUAAGCUGGUGGCCGGCCUCAGGUCCGUUUGCCAGAACUACACCCAGGACUCCUCCAUGGCCGCCUUCAACGACGUUAGGUCACCGGGGAAGUUCGACAAUGCUUAUUACCAGAACUUGAUCAAAGGGUUAGGGCUCUUGUCUUCUGAUUCUCUUCUGGCUGUGGACCCCCGGACCCGCCCCAUCGUUGAGCUCUACGCCAAUGACCAACAAGCCUUCUUCACUGACUUUGCCUACGCCAUGGAGAGGCUUUCUUUGCUCGGAGUCAGAACUGGGAAGAAGGGUGAGGUCAGGAGCAGAUGUGACCAGUUCAACUCUAUUCCUGCAUAAAGCCAUGCCUAUCCAUUUUUAUAUCCAAACAUUAUUACAUACUACAUAUAAUAUAACAUAAUAUAAUUAUAUUUAUUUACCUUCGCU